UGCUCGUGCUAAUUUAGAUAAAUAUAAUCUACCAACCAAUUUCCGAAUAAUUCUAUCUCAAAUCCUGUGUCCAGCGAUAAAUCUGUUUUAUCACAAGGAUGACAUCCCGUUUUAUAUAAUAGGAGAUAAUUCAAUACAUAAAGUUUCGAUUUAACAUCAGUUCAGUCCGAGGCAUUCGUGCCAACGACUGUUUAUAGGUAUUUUCUUAAAUGGACUUUUCUGAUUUUUAAACAUGUAUUUAGUUCACGCGUUUGUACUUCUGCUAGGAAUAUGGUUGUGUGAUGCAGGCUACGGUUUGUCUGAACAAGAUGCCCUUUCUGACGUAGAAGCCCCUGCGUACGUUCCAGCUUACGCAAAAAACAAACAAUUUGGCACAAAAACCGGAUAUGGUACAAGAGCUUACGGUACCAAAACUGCUUAUGGUACAAAAACGGGAUAUGGUACAAAAACUGGUUAUGGUACAAAAACCGGUUACGGUACGAAGACUGGUUACGGCACAAAAACCGGGUACGCUGGCACAAAAACCGGAUAUUCGGGGUAUUCAGAAUCUAGAACUUGGAACUCGGAGUCUGGAUCAGCCCCUACAUACCAGGAGUUGCAGCACAAUGCUAACCAGAUAUUUGCAGGUCCGAAAUGCGAGCCCACCUGCAAGAACAACGGUAUCUGCAUCGACACCAACACCUGCCACUGCCCAGCCAACUUCCAAGGGAAAUCGUGCGAGUUCGAGAAGAAACCGUGCCUGACGUAUCCACCUCUACCCAUGAAUUCCAUGAGGAAAUGCAAUGACGAGUACCAUCGACACGACACCUGCCACUGCCCGGCCAACUUCCAAGGGAAAUGGUGCGAGUUCGAGAAGAAACCGUGCCUGACGUAUCCACCUCUACCCAUGAAUUCCAUGAGGAAAUGCAAUGACGAACUGUGUACAAUAACCUGCGCCGAAGGCCACAAAUUUAUCGACGGGACCACGGUAGCGAACAUGCGUUGUGUGGACGGCCAAUGGCGACCGACUCGAGCAGAUUUCUCGUCCAUACCGGACUGCGAGCCGGAGUGUAACCCGCCCUGCCUUAAUGGUGGCGUAUGUCUGUCAGUCAACACUUGUCAGUGCCCGCAGGAGUAUAGGGGGCCGCAGUGUCAGUACUCGACAUCGGUCUGCGAUUUUCGCAAGCUAGCGUUCAAUGGCAACUACAAAUGCAAGGGCAACGACGAAGAGUUCUCCUGCCGCCUCAGUUGCCCGGCCGGUGCCACGGCUUCCGCCACUUUUGCAGAACAGUAUACUUGUCUGUAUUCUACGGGGAUGUACUCGCCUCAACCUAUCCCGCAUUGCGUCUUUACGGAAGUCGUUGUUGUCACACCCAGCAACUACCAUUCGGGAUACAGCAGUAGCUACUACGAAACAUACUACCACAACGGCAGCGAAAGCCAAAGCCACAGCCAAAUCGGCUACGGUUACGGCAAGCACGGUGCCUACCAGACCAGCCACGGCUCAGAAACAGUGGAAUACGGCAAGCAGGGAGGCGGCACUAAAGGCACUAAUGUGCAUAUCGUUGUGCAGGACUUUACGCCGAAGGGCGGCACUUGCUUGACGUGGGCUGGGGUGCAUUAUAAGACGUUCGAUGGGAAGAUCUAUAGCUUCGCGUCCCCAUGCCAACACAUCCUAGUGCAAGAUGCGAAGGAACACGAAUUCACCGUGGCAGUGAAGCAGGGGACGUGCCAGAGGAAAGACUACUGUCCUCUGGAGCUGACCAUCUACUUGGAAGAGAAGCCCUACGUGUUGUCCGCUGGAGAAGAAGAAGGCACUGUGGUGUUCCGUAGCACGCGCCGGCUGAUCCCGAUCCCGGCCUCGCUGCCGGGCAUCCGCGUCUCCAUGCCGGGCGACUACGUCGUUGUGAAUCUGGACGCUGUCGGCGUUGUCAUCAAAUGGGACACUAAUAACAUAGUAGUCGUUGAAGGCUCUGUUCUUUUGUGGAACAACACCCAAGGUCUCUGCGGCCGUCUAGACGGCAACCCAGAGAACGACUUCACAACUAAAGAAGGCACCAUCGCUAAGACUAAAUCCGUACUGGCUUCGUCCUGGCAGAUCAAAAAAAUUGGGGAUAUAUGCGACAGCUCGCCGUCGGAGCCGAACGCGUGCGCGAGCAAGACUCAAGAGGAGCUGAGGAAAGCGCAGCUGUUCUGCACCAACGUGUUCGUCAAGGAAAAGUUCAGAAAAUGCUCUAGCUCUCCAUCAGAUAUAUGCGACAGUACGCCGUCGGAGCCGAACGCGUGCGCGAGCAAGACUCAAGAGGAGCUGAGGAAAGCGCAGCUGUUCUGCACCAACGUGUUCGUCAAGGAAAAGUUCAGGAAAUGCUCUAGCGUAAUGGACGUGACUCAGUUGCUCGAAACAUGCGUGUGGGACUACUGCGCCUGCACAUCCGGCUUAAGUCCGGAGGACUGUGCAUGUAACACGGUGUCCGUGUACGCGAAGGAGUGUCAACGACUGGGUGUCAAGGAGAUGAAGGACUGGAGAGAUGCUGAGACAUGCCCAAUGAAAUGCGCGGAAGGCAAGAUCUACAAAUCCUGCGGCCCCGACGUCCAGCCCAGCUGUCAGUUCCCCAACCCCUCCCCGCCCGACGCUAAAACCUGCGUGGAGGGCUGCUUCUGUCCCGAAGGUCUACUUCUAGAAGCUGGCAAGUGUGUGCCUAAAGAGCAGUGCCCUUGUCGGCUGAGGAAUAAGAGCUUCAAGCCAGGGAAGACGGUGAAAAAGGAUUGCAAUACUUGCACAUGCCAAGCCGGCGAAUGGACCUGUACAGCUGUCCCGUGCGGGGCCCGCUGCGGCGCCGUCGGCGACCCUCACUACACCACCUUUGACGGGCUACGCUACGAUUUCAUGGGGCACUGCACUUAUACGCUUCUCCAGACAGAUAAUGUGACGGUUGAAGUGGAGAAUGUGGCGUGCUCGGGCAGUAUUAGUGAGGAAAUGAACCUAACCCCUUUCACGGGCGAAGGCAAGCCGUCUUGCACGAAGGCCGUCAACCUCAAGUACCACGGACUGGACCUCCACCUCAAGCAAGGGGGCUUAGUGCUAGUCAACGGGAAGGAAGUGGCGUCAUUACCUGUGCACGUUGGAGAUGUGUUGAUUAGAGCUGCCUCGUCGCUUUUCCUUAUUGUGCAACUUCCGAACGGAAUAGACCUGUGGUGGGAUGGCAACACCAGAGUUUUUGUCGAUGUGCCACCAACGUUCCACGACAAAACCAAGGGUCUCUGCGGAACUUUCAACCUGAACCAAAAAGACGACUUCCUCACGCCAGAGGGCGACGUCGAGCAGACCGCUUUCGCGUUCGCCAACAAAUGGAAGACCAGGGAACUUUGUACAGAUGUAGAUGUGAAGGAGCCAGAGCAUCCGUGCAAGACUAAUAUUCAGAAUAAAGAGUCGGCUGAGAAGUAUUGUAGCAAGUUGAAGAGCAACUUAUUUGAACCCUGCCACUGGCACGUCUCCGUGGACCCGUACUACGACGAGUGCGUGUACGAUAUGUGCGCGUGCGCCGGCGACGCGUCCAAGUGUCUCUGCCCCAUCCUCGGAGAUUACGCUAUGGCGUGCGCCAAGAGCGGAGUGGAGAUACAGUGGAGAUACAACGUUAAAGAAUGCGAACUGUCGUGUACCGGCGGACAAGAAUACACCGUAUGCGCUGACAGCUGUCAACGAACUUGCUCGGACAUCGCGCUGUCAGCGCGCGGGCAAUGCAAGCCGUGCUGCGUUGAGGGCUGCGCCUGUCCCGUUGGUCAGGUGUUGGACAGCAACAACGUGUGUGUGCCAGUGGGCCUGUGCCCCUGCUUCCACAAGGGCAUGCAGUUCGAUCCCGGGUACAAGGAGGUUAGGGCUGGGCGCAGAGAAAGAGAGCUUUGCACUUGCGUCGGCGCACGCUGGGAGUGCGUACCGGCCACGUCCGACGACAUUCAGAACUACCCUCCGGCAGAAGAUCUCCGCAGCAACUGCAGUGCUGCUAACCACAUGGAGUUCACUACUUGUGAGGUCGCCGAGCCGCUGACAUGCAAGAACAUGCAUCUACCCCCAUCCACAACCACCAAAGAGUGUCGGCCAGGCUGCCAAUGCAAGAAGGGUUACGUGUUAGACGCUAGUAGCAAUAAGUGUGUGCUGGCGACGGAGUGCCCCUGCCACCACGGCGGGCGCAGCUUCCCUGACGGACAUGAGAUGCAGGAGGAAUGCAACAAAUGUAAAUGCACAAACGGCAACUGGGUCUGCACCGAACUGCAGUGCCCAGGCAUCUGCUCCGCGUGGGGCGACUCGCAUGUGACAACCUUCGACGGCAGGGAAUACGAGUUCGAGGGGGUGUGCACUUAUCUGCUGGCUAAGGGCAGUGCUGACGCGAGUGACGGCUUUGAAGUGCAGAUACAGAAUGCUCCAUGCGGCACGACCGGCGCGACGUGCUCUAAAACGGUGACCCUAAAAGUCGGCAACGGGAAGAACGAGGAAAUAGUCGAGCUUACCAAGGACGCACCUCUGCCCGACUUUUCUAAACUAGAGAGAAUAAAGCUUCGUAUCGCCGGUAUCUACGUGUUUCUAGAUGUGCCGAGUUUAGGUAUGAGCCUCCAGUGGGACCGCGGCAUGCGUGUCUACGUUAAAGUGGACUCUAUGUGGCGUAACAGAGUGAAAGGUCUGUGCGGCAACUACAACUCUGAUUCCCGUGACGACUUCCAAAAGCCGGAAGGUGGCAUUGCCGAGUCAUCUGUGCUGAUCUUCGCUGACUCUUGGAAGCUGAAACCAACUUGCCCCAAGCCUGUGGAAGUCGAGGACCACUGCCGCCAACGCCCCGAGCGCAAAGACUGGGCCACCAGCUCCUGCGGCGCGCUCAAACGCCACCCCUUCACCCUCUGCCACACCGAGGUCCCCCCCACCCCCUUCAUCGAGCAGUGCGAGCGAGACGCCUGCGCUUGUGACUCUGGGGAUGAUUGCACGUGUGUGUGUACUGCCCUAGCGGCAUAUGCGCAUCGGUGUGCGAAUAGAGGAGUUGUUUUCAAAUGGAGGACGAAAGAUAGAUGCCCAAUACAGUGCGACGAAACUUGUGCCACCUACGACCCGUGUAUAUCGCCAUGUCCGGAGGAAACCUGCGAGAACACCUACUACUACAAGGAAAUACUGCCUAUCUGCCAACGAGACACGUGUGUCGAAGGUUGCAAACCAAAGCCUGAAGAAAAGAAGCAGUGUCCAGAGGGACAAAUUUCCUUCAACGUCACGUCGAACGAAUGUGUAUCUCGCGGCCGCUGCAAGCCCGUCUGCAUGACGCUACCGGACGGGACACAAAUUUUGGAGGGCGAGGUGUUAGAGCAGGAUGCUUGCCAUACUUGCCGCUGCUCUAAGAAAGAAAAGAUAUGCACUGGACAGCCCUGUUCUACUGAGGCCACUCCCCCGCCAAUAGUGAUAACGACUCCUCACGACGAAGGCCUGAAGUGCGUCCCAGGCUGGACGGCUUGGAUCAACCGCGGCCCGCCAGAGACUACGGCGGAUGGACAUUCAGUCGAGAAGGAGCCAUUACCCAAGUUCAAUGAAAUGCAAAUCGGCCAGCCAAUGUGCGGGAAACAGAACAUGACGCGCAUCAAAUGCCGCACUACAGUGAACCACCAGACUCCCAAGGACACCGGGCUGAAUGUAGAGUGCAGUUUGGAGAAGGGUCUGGUGUGCAAUGAGGUUGGGACCACGUGCCCAGACUUCGAGAUACAAGUAUACUGCCAGUGCGAGAAGGAAGAAGAAGGUAGGUCUCGUGGGCUGAGCGGUAAAACCCGAUCAUUUCUAUAUGUCGUUAUUUUUUUGCCAGGUCGCUCCCUCCCCGAACCCACAAAACCUCAAAACGAGGAAGAAGGAGGGGAAGUCUUCCAAUGCCUAAACUCCAACCACCCGAACUACCCUCACCCCAGCGACUGCAAUAAGUUCUACGAGUGCACCCCCGACUUGCUGAACCCGUCAAAACCCCACGCGGUUCUCAAGUCGUGUGCUCCAGGGCUCAUGUAUAGCAAGAAGCUGAUGGUCUGUGAUUGGCCGGCUAGCGUGAUUGUGGAUAGACCCGAAUGUGGAUCAGCCACAACACACACCGCACCUACCACACCAACCACGCCAACUACGCCGAGCGUCUGCCCUCCAGGACAGGUGUUCAAAAAGUGCGCGUACCCGUGCGACAGCCUCUGCGACCACUUCAAGAUGGCCGUCGUGAAGAAAGGACAGUGCAAGUUUGGAGAGAAAUGUAUUGAAGGCUGCGUGGACCAGUCGGUUGCUAAUAUAAAAUGCGAGUUUACGUCGCGCUGGCGCGACGAUAAGACGUGUGUGCCGCUCAAAGACUGCACCUGCGAUUAUGAAGGACAAGUUAUAAAGCCGGGCGGUGUAGUAAACGAGCAAUGCAAGAAAUGCCAGUGCCUCGACAACGCCCUCCACUGCGACACCAGCGAAUGCGUCUCCGUCGCCCUGCCCCCGGGGCCCUCCCACCAGCCCAUGAUAUUCCCGUCGCCCGCCACUCGCCCUACUACAGUCACUACGACAGUGGCGCCUUUGAUUGUGAAGACCACGGUGUCGCCGCCGCCUGAAUGUAGCCCAGAAAGGUACAAGAACCUACUGUGGCAAGGAGAACCGCUGCCUGCCUCGUCUUUCAUCGCCAGUUCGGUCGACAACGAGCAUUUCGCCCCGCAAUACGCCAAGCUCAACGGGAAGGCUGAAGGGGAUUCUGGAGGAAGCUGGCUUCCAGCCAAUCUAGACACAGACCAAUUCAUCCAAGUGGAACUGCCUACCGCCCAACCGAUAUACGGCGUGAUCAUGCAGGGCAGCCCGUUGUAUGACCAGUACGUGACCAGUUAUGAGGUCAUGUACGGCGAUGACGGACAUGUGUUCUCGUAUGUGGAGGGACCGAAGGGUGAUCGACAGGUAUUCCGCGGCCCAGUAGACCACAUCGGCGCAGUAAAGCAGAUGUUCACACCCCCGAUCGAAGCGAAGUUCGUCCGCAUCAAGCCUCUAACCUGGCACGAGAAUAUUGCAGUACGCUUCGAGCUGAUUGGCUGUGGAGAAGUUACCACCACCACUACUACUACUACUACUACUGUUGCUACCACGCUCGAGCCUUUACAAUGCACGGAGCCUCUCGGACUAGCAGCCGACCUGCCCAUUGACAGCAUUGAAGUGAGCUCCAACAGCGAGGAUAGGAAGUACUUCGCGCUGACGGGACAGAGGGGAUGGCGGCCGUUGUACAGUACACCCGGAGAAUGGAUUAUGUUCGACUUCACCGCCCCGCGCAACAUCACCGGCAUCAAGACCAAAGGCGGCGUCAACGGCUGGGUUACCGCCUACACGGUUAUGUACACGACCGACUUAUCCACCUUCCACCCGGUAGUGGACUCGGCCGGGGCGCCUGUGAUCUUCCCUGCCAACUUCGACAGGGAUAGCGUGGUCACCACGGAGUUCCGUCCACCCAUACAUGCGCGAUAUCUGAAAGUGUUGCCGGCCAAAUGGAAAAAUAACAUCGAGAUGAGGAUCGAGCCUAUAGGCUGCUUUGAACCGUAUCCGACACCCGCGACAACACUCGCUCCCCUGCAAUGCAUGGAGCCCCUCGGUUUGGCGGCUGACCUCCCCGUCGAGAGUAUCGAAGUGAGCUCCAAGAGCGAGGAUAGGAAGUACUUCGCGCUGUCAGGGCAAAGAGGAUGGAGGCCAUUGUAUAGCACGCCUGGAGAAUGGAUCAUGUUCGACUUCACCGCCCCGCGCAAUAUCACCGGUAUCAAGACUGCUGGCGGGCCGAACGGCUGGGUGACGGCAUAUACCGUCAUGUAUACAUCCGACCUGUCCACUUUCACCCCAGUAGUGGACGAUGCUGGCGCACCUAAACUGUUCCCCGCCAACUUCGACAGAGACAGCGUGGUGACCACGGAGUUCCGUCCGCCCAUACAAGCGCGGUACUUGAAGGUGUUACCUGCCAAAUGGAAGGACAACAUUGAGAUGAGAGUCGAGCCUAUAGGCUGCUUUGAGCCUUAUCCGGUGCCGACAACCACGCUCGCGCCCCUCCAGUGCACGGAACCCUUGGGGCUAGCAGCUGACCUCCCCAUCGAGAGCAUCGAAGUGAGCUCCAAGAACGAGAAUAGGAAGUACUUCGCGCUGUCAGGGCAGAGAGGAUGGAGGCCUUUAUACAGCACGCCUGGAGAGUGGAUCAUGUUCGACUUCACCGCGCCGCGCAACAUCACCGGCGUCAAGACCAAAGGCGGUGUCAACGGCUGGGUUACUGCCUACAACGUCAUGUACACAUCUGAUCUGUCCACCUUCAACCCAGUAGUGGACGAUACCGGCGCAACUAAACUGUUCCCCGCCAACUUCGACAGGGACAGUGUAGUUACCACGGAGUUCCGUCCGCCCAUACACGCGCGGUACUUGAAGGUAUUACCUGCUAAGUGGAAGGACAACAUUGAGAUGAGAGUCGAGCCUAUAGGAUGCUUUGAACCUUAUCCGGCAACAACCCCCAAACCUACACAGUCACCUUUCAUCCCCACCACGGAGGCCUGCGUGCUCUGCCCUGGAAUACAGUCGGCUACCUGCGACUGCCACAACGGUACUGCCAAGUAUUACGACGGCGACGGCUGUGUGACAAGAGACCAGUGCCCGUGUGUUGAAGGCUUUAUGACGUAUGCCGUUGGUUCAUCAUUCCGCGGCACCAACUGCGACGAGUGUGUUUGCAAACUGGGUGGUGUGACCGACUGCAAGCCCGUCAAGGAGUGCAAGUGUGCUUCGGACCUAGUACCAAAGCUGACAUCCACCUGCGAAUGUCUCUGCGAGCCCUGUCCCGCUGGCACCAAGAUCUGCCCUACCAGCAAGUUCUGUCUGGACAUCAAGAAGUGGUGCGAUAGUCUCCAAGACUGCCCUGAUGACGAGAGGGAUUGUUCCACCACUGCACCUUGGGUGGUGACAACAGUUGAGCCUCCGGUGGUGACUACCAUUAUGCCAACUGUCGCUGCUACUCUACCUACCACUACCACCGUUAAACCUGUCGAAUGCGAAGAAGUGAAAUGCCCGCCAGGCUACCUAGUCCGCCUAAUCGCCUCUCGCUACACCAGUUCAUUGACCUCCGACCUACCUCCACCGCGUCCGCGCCAGUCUUACAGACGAUAUCAAACUGGAUAUGCUAAGGGAGGAUCUAGAGGUGGAUAUGCGAAGGGUGGAUUUACGAAGGGUGGAUACACGAAAGGUGGAUAUGGUGGUGGUUCUUCACAAUCCCAAAGCUUCACCCUCGACAAGGCGACCCUGCCAACGUCUGCACCCAACACCACCAAAGAGUGCCAACAGUUCAGAUGCGUUCCGAAACUACCCCCCCUCCGCCCCGGCGUCACCCGCGCCCCGCAAAUCUGCUCCACCCCUGUCUGUCCACCAGGAUACUCGCUGAGAUUGGAGGCUGUUGCUGUAGCCAAUGAAUGUCCACAAUACGGCUGCGUGCCACCUCCCGAGCGUCCCGUAUUCUGCAACGUCACCGGACGCACGUUCAACACUUUCGACGGCUCCGAGUACAAAUACGAUAUCUGCUAUCACAUGCUGGCACGAGAGACUACCUUCGGGGACUGGACCAUCAUCCUCCGCAAGAAAUGCCGCGUCGACGGUUGCUCCAACCACCUCCUUGUCAGCCAAGACGACCAGCUGAUCCUCGUGAAGCCUAACCUCAUGAUUGAGUACGACAACUUCGAGUACACCGUCGAGCAGACCAACGAGAUCUGCUUCCAGAAGAACAGCUUUGAUAUCAGCAAGCUGGGGAACGGCUUGGCGAUCAAGAGCAGGAAAUACAACUUUGUGGUGCUGUAUAAUACGGAUGGGGAUGUCAAAGUUGGGGUUUACAAAUCACAUCUAAACCACGUAGACGGUCUCUGCGGCUUCUACGACGGUGUCGCCUCCAACGACCGACGCAUGCCUAGCGGUGCGCAAGCGACCAGUGUGGACGAAUUUGGACGAAGCUGGGCCAAGCCCGGACUUUCGCCGAAGGCUUGCGAGACUAAGGUCAUCCCGCCUGAGAAGCAGAAGCGGGCUUGGGACUUGUGUGACGUCAUCACGAAAGAACCCCUCUCGAAAUGCUCCAAGGUCCUCAACCUGGACUUAUGGCGCAACAUCUGCCUGGAGAAGCUCUGCAAAUGCACGGAGCUGAUGGUCGACGGCAGGCAACGUACUGAGGAGGAGUGCCGGUGCCUCCUGGUUGAGAAAAUGGUGGCGGAAUGUCUAGCUGCCGAUAAGGACUUGGAUAUUGCAGCGUGGAGGAUGAAUUUGAACUGUCCCGCGGACUGCCCAGCUCCGCUAGUCCACUACGACUGCUACAGCAAGACUUGUGAGCCAACAUGCUCGACGAGCAGCAACCGUCAAGCAUGCUCCACGCAGCCCGGACAGUGCUUCCCUGGUUGCUACUGCCCUGAGGGAAAACUGAGGAAGGGGGAUAAGUGUGUCACACCACAGGAAUGUUUGGACUGUAACUGCCAUGGUUUAGGCUCACCGGCCCAAUACACCACGUUCGAGGGAGACGACAUGCCCUUCCUCGGCAACUGCACCUAUCUCGCUUCUAGAGAUAGGAACGAAACGGGACAGCACAAGUACGAGGUGUACGCUACUAACGGGCCUUGCGAAGGGAAGGCCAGCGCUACCUGCACCAAGUCAGUGCACGUCGUUUACGAAAAGAACGUCAUCCACGUCUCCAAGGACCCCGUCACUAAGAAGCUGGUGACAAGUUUCGGCAACAGUGUAAUAUUCAAGUUCCCCGCGAAGAAGGACUGGGUGACCAUCAGCGUGGUCAACAAACAAGACGUUGUUGUGAAACUACACGACGCGUUUAUGGAGCUAACGGUGCUAAACGCCAAGAUGGAGUUUGGAAUUCGCGUGCCUUCACACGUAUAUUCCAACGCCACGGAGGGUCUUUGUGGUGUCUGCGCUGGCUACCAGGAAGCAUUAGUAACCAGCAAUGGUACCCUCACAGGAGAUUUUGAACUGUACGGCAAGAGUUGGCAAGCCACCCCAACCGCCCUCACUACCCUGGGCAUGUCACCACAAGACCAGUGCGACCAGCCACCGCCGCCGGAACCCGAGUGUGUACCGCCGCCGGCUGACCAGAACGUCUGUUACAACCUGUUCGAUAAGGACAAGUUUGGACAAUGUCAUGCGCUAGUUGAUCCGCAGCCGUUCUUAGAAGCUUGCGAGAAGGAUAUCUGCGAGAAUGCUACGGACUUAUGUUCGACACUGGAGAACUAUGCCAGCGCUUGCCGAAGACAGGGCGUUUGUCUCGACUGGAGAGGCACACUCUGUCCCAGCACUUGCCAAGCGCCGUUCGUGUACCGACCAUGCAUAGACUGUGAGCAGACCUGCGAGAACCAUGAUGAUUUGAAAAAGGACCCCAAAAAGUGCGACAAGAAACCAGUGGAGGGCUGCUUCUGUCCUGAAGGAAAGGUUCGAGUAGAGAACAGCUGUAUAGAGCCAACGAAAUGUUUCCCUUGCGAUGCCAAUAAGGAACACUACGCCGGAGACGAGUGGCAAGAAGACGCAUGCAGCAAAUGCACGUGCAGCAAGCUGGAAGGAGAGCACGUUGCGCACGUGUCGUGCACGAAAAUGACGUGCUCCGUGCCCGUGUGCGCGCAGGGCGAGGAACUACUCACCACACCACGACCUGGCGCUUGCUGCUCUGAGUACUUGUGCGUACAAAAACCGCAAGCAUUGUGUGAAGAGCCUAAGAAGAUGGAAUGUGGAUACGGCCAAAUACUGAAACAGAAAACUACGCCUAGCGGAUGCAAGGAGUUUGCCUGUGAAUGUAAGCCGGCCAGCGAAUGCGAGCACAUCCCAACCGACAGCGAGGUGGAAAUCAUGCCGGGCAUGCAACGCAUCAUCGACAAUUCCGGCUGUUGUCCGAAAGCACAACUGUUGUGUCGGCCCGACACGUGCCCCGCGCCCGUGUCGUGCCCGCCUCAUCACACGCGUCGUGUCGUUAAUAUCACGGGCGGUUGCUGUCCGGAUUAUAAGUGUGAACUGCCGACCGACAAAUGCUUGGUGACUCUAGAGUGGGAGGCGGCACCAAAAGGCGGGGAAAAGGCACGUGCUACACCGCAAACUAUGCUGAAAGAUUUGGACUCAGCGUGGCUGGACGGGCCGUGCCGCUCGUGCCGCUGCUCGGCGUCGGCCGCCGGCUCGGGCCCCGCGCCGCGCUGCGCCGUGACGUCGUGCCCCGCGCUGGGCGCCGGCGACCAGUUCGUGCUGGAGCCGCGCCCCGUGCCCUUCGCCUGCUGCCCCGCCGCCGCGCAGGUCGCCUGUCGGGCCGGAGACACCGUCUACAGAGUGGGCGAAAACUGGACGAAUCCCCACGACGUAUGCGAAUCUUAUCAAUGCGUACAAGUCGAAGAUGGGAAAUUAGAGAAGGUCACAACCGUGCAGACCUGCCCUACAGAUUGCGAACCGGGUUGGAAGUACUUCCCCGCCGAGCCCUCGAGCGGCCAGUGCUGCGGCAAGUGCAAGCCAGUAGCUUGCGUGUGUACUGGCGUUGAACGGCCCAUUGGCACGACGUGGCAGUCCGCGGACCUGUGUACUAACUACACUUGUGUGUUGGCUGAUGGCAACCUGCAAGUCCAAACGUCAAACGAGACCUGCCCUGAAGUCCCCGUGGCCUUGAGGAAGCAGUUCGUCCUGAAAGAGGAGAAGCCGGCGGGCAAGUGCUGCAAGACACAGGAGCCUGUUGCUUGCCGAGUGGGGAAUGACAUUUACCAGGAGGGUCAAACAUGGCAGUCUCCAGAUCCGUGCAAGAACUUCACUUGCGCACGCGACGGCACUGGCCGACUGGCGCACUCGCCCAAUGUAGAGACUUGCACGACGACUUGCAAGCGAGGCUGGAAAUAUGUGACGCCAGCGCCUGGCGUCUGCUGCGGACAUUGCAGACAGGAGCAGUGCGUGGUGGAAGAUGAGUUGAAGGACGCAGGCUAUAAAUAUGUGAAGCCAGCGCCUGGCGUCUGCUGCGGACAUUGCAAACAGGAGCAGUGCGUGGUGGAGGAUGAGUUGAAGGACGCAGGUUCGAUCUGGAAGUCAGCUGACAACUGCACAACGUACACGUGCGAGCGCAGCGGCGACGACCUGCUGAUGACGUCAUCGCGCGCGCCCUGCCCCGACGUGACGUCAUGCGCGGUGGAAGACCUCGUCAACGAGACCUGCUGCACGGUGUGCAAGGAGAAACCCGCUGCCCUUAAAACAUGCUACCCCGAGGAAAUACCACAAUCGGAGACAGUGGGUCUGAUCCGCGUGACCCUACGACCCCAUGGCGUCUGCGUGAACGCUGCUCCCGUGCCAGGGUUCAGAGAAUGUCGCGGGUCAUGCCAAUCCGGCACACUCUACAACAACCAGACCGGCAGCCACGACUCGCGGUGCGAAUGUUGCCAGGCGACGAAAUACACCAAAGUGACGGCGUCGCUGGACUGCGAGGACGGAACCACGCAGCCUCACGUCGUCGCGUCGCCGCUCGAGUGCGGGUGCCGCGCGUGUGGGACCACCGUCUCCAAGUACCCUACUAAGACAGGGUAUGGAGUCAAAAACGGAGUAAAAACGACGGAGAAACGUGAAGAGUACGACUACGAUAUCCCAGAGAUCUACGCGAGAAUGGCGCCCGAGUCUCGCAGAUAGAUACCACGCCGAGAAUCACACGAGAAUUCUCAGGGAACCAGCCGAGAAUUAUCUAAUGGGGAAAGGGAAAAGAUAAACAAAAGCUUUUAAUAACAAUUUGUAUUUAAGAGACAGAUAUUGAUCACAUGUAUUUUUGUAAAUAAAACAUUUAUUUUUAAA